CCGUACAUCAGAUGUGCGUCAAUCAGCCCAACCUCAGGUCAGUGUAAUUCAUGUUUUAAGACCCAUCUGUAGUAGGACACACAGCUAGGAUUUUUUCAUUAGGAGUUACAUGGAUUCGACGUAUACAAUUUCCAAGUAUAUGCGCAUGAUCGAUUACAUUCUUAGCAGAAGCUUGUUUUAUAGGUCAUGCUAGUUUUAAAAAGAAAAUUGACAAAAAAAUACCUAAUUAAUGUGUAAUUUACAUUCCGGUACCUUUCAAAAAAGAUUUCAUGAAGCUCACUAAUCAACUAUAAUUAUCAGUCCCAACUUCCGUCAUUGCUGGUGCAGGGAUUUUCUUUUUCUUCUUCAGUUGGCGGCGGAAGGUAAUAUCAGCAAAACGGAAGGGUAUUUUCAGGAGACCUGAUCCAGGUAUUCCACUCUCUCUCUCUCUGAGAAAUCUCUUUAAAUGGUUUCAGAGAAGAGUAAAAUGAGAGGAUUUUGAUCGAAAUCUGUUGAUUUAGGGCAGACGAUUGCUUUUGUUUUGUUUUGUUUUUUUUUUUUUUCGAUAUCGAUUUUCCCUUUAUUUCAUCAUACGUUCGAAAUUGCCACCGAAGAAGAAACGAGAGCACGGAAGAAUCGUCUGCGUCGAAGGCACGCGAAAUUCCGGUGCCGCCACUUCUCAUUGGUCCACGUAAUUUCUGAUGACUCCAGUCUCCAGCUAAUAAGAUACGCAGAAUUUCUCCGUACAAAGCACAUUGCUAACUACACCGUAACAGAUUUAAAGUGAACAGGAGCUGUGAAGCUGCCCGGAUCGAUGGCGAACGUCACAGGAGAUGCCUGCCCGGCUCCAAUGAAAGCUACAUCUAAUGGAGUUUUCCAAGGGAACAAUCCUCUCGACUUCGCACUCCCUUUGGUCAUCUUACAAAUAUGCCUAGUGCUCCUCCUCACACGUUCUCUCGCUUUUCUUCUCAAGCCUUUAAGGCAGCCUCGCGUGAUUGCAGAGAUUAUUGGAGGAAUUUUACUUGGGCCAUCUGCCUUGGGCCGUAGCCAGAGGUAUCUGCAUACGGUUUUCCCUCCCAAGAGCCUCACAGUUCUAGACACUCUAGCCAACCUUGGGCUCCUCUUCUUCCUCUUCCUAAUAGGACUAGAAUUGGACAUGAAGGCCAUUCGAAGGACAGGAAAACAGGCCCUUGGAAUCGCUGCUGCAGGCAUCAGCUUCCCUUUUGUACUUGGCAUUGGUUCUUCAUUCAUUCUCCGAAAUACAAUCUCAAAAGGUGUCCAUGGCCCGGCAUUUCUUGUCUUCAUGGGUGUAGCCCUCUCUGUAACUGCCUUCCCCGUCCUGGCCCGCAUCCUCGCUGAGCUCAAACUCCUGACUACUGAUGUGGGACGGAUUGCCAUGUCAGCUGCUGCUGUCAAUGAUUUGGUUGCAUGGAUCCUUCUUGCCCUUGCCAUCGCGCUCUCUGGCUCUAGCAAUACCUCCCCUAUUGUGUCCCUCUGGGUCCUGCUCUCCGGAGCUGCAUUCGUCGUAGCUUCCGUCUACCUACUUCCCCCAAUAUUCUCUUGGAUAGCUCGCCGUUCCCCGGAUGGUGAGCCCAUAGAGGAAAUCUACAUCUGUGGUACUCUGGCUGCUGUUCUGGCGGCCGCAUUCAUGACUGAUGCUAUUGGAAUUCAUGCCCUUUUUGGGGCGUUUGUGUUUGGAAUUAUCAUCCCAAAGGAGGGCCCCUUGCCGGGCGCUCUGGUGGAGAGAGUGGAGGAUCUUGUUUCAGGCCUACUCCUUCCAUUGUACUUUGCCUCGACCGGGUUGAAGACCAAUGUGGCUACCAUACAAGGGGCCCAGUCAUGGGGUCUGCUCGUUUUGGUGAUUGUUACGGCCUGUGUGGGGAAGAUUGUGGCGACUGUCACCAUUUCGCUCGCAUGCAGAGUGCCAUUUAAUGAUGCCCUCAUCCUCGGAUUUCUCAUGAACGCAAAAGGCCUGGUAGAACUCAUCGUACUCAACAUCGGCAAAGACAGAAAGGUGUUGAAUGAUCAGACGUUUGCCAUCAUGGUUCUCAUGGCUCUCUUCACAACCUUCAUCACCCCGCCCCUCGUCAUCACGUUCUAUAAGCCGUUGAAGAGGUCUAGCAUUCCCUACAAGCACAGAACCAUAGAACGGGAAGACCAAGACACCCAACUUCGUAUCUUGGCCUGUUUCCACAGCACAGGGAAUAUUCCGACGAUGAUCAAUCUCAUUGAGGCCUCACGAGGGACAGACCGGCCUGCGGAGCUGUGUGUUUAUGCAUUGCAUCUCAUGGAGCUCUCUGAGAGGCCAUCAGCAAUCCGCAUGGUGCACAAAGUGAUGAUGAAUGGUCUGCCUUUCUGGAACAAGAUGCGGUGGUCUGGCGCUGACCAUGUGGUUAUCCCCUUUCAGGCAUUCCAGCAGCUGAGCAGCGUCUUAGUAAGGCCAAUGACAUCCAUCUCUGCUCUAUCCAACAUGGACGAGGACAUAUGCACGAGCGCGGAGAGCAAGCGGGCUGCUAUCGUGAUCCUACCAUUCCACAGGCACCAAAGGUUGGACGGCACCUUGGAGACAACACGCCCUGAGUUCCGGUCAGUCAACCGGAGGGUGCUUGAGCACGCGCCGUGCUCGGUCGGAAUCCUCGUCGACCGAGGCCUUGGUGGGGCUGUCCAUGUAUCCGCUACCGAUGUUGCAUCCUCCAUCGUCGUCUUGUUCUUUGGCGGGCCUGAUGAUAAUGAGGCGCUUGCUUACGGAAUGCGAAUGGCCGAGCACCCUGGGAUCCAGCUGACUAUGGUUCACUUCAAAACCGAGGAUGGGUCCGUUGGAGACAGCAUAACAAUCGCGGUGGAUUGUGAUUCCUGCUCCAAACAAAAGACCAACGAUGAGCUUAUCGCCAAAUUCCAGAGGAAAACCAUGAAAGAUGACUCUUUUCGGUAUGAGGAGAGGGUAGUUGGGAAGACAGGGGUGGUAACUGCUAUCGGCGAAUUCAAGCGGUGCAAUCUAUUUCUAGUAGGAAGGAUGCCUGAAGGGGCUGCUGCGGAGACUCUGACAGAAGUGAGUGAGUGCCCCGAAUUGGGUCCGGUUGGGAGCUUGUUAACAUCAUCAGAAUUCCCAACGACGGCAUCGGUUUUAGUAGUUCAACAGUAUCGCGGCAAAACGACAUCAACAAACUUGGUAUUUGAUGCACCUUCGACGGAAAAAGGAUUGCCGGAAAGGCAUCGCUCGGCGGAUUCCGAUGCUGAGUCUAGCUGAUUGGCUUUUGCAGAUAUUGAUUUUUGGACUGUAGAUGGCAUGCAUGGCUGCUAGACUCAUAGAUACUGGAUAUAAAUGUUGGAAUGGAUGUUAUAUAUGUUUAGAUCGCCUGUUCGGGUACAGUACAUAAGCAGCUUUUUUUAUAUAUUGCAGCAAAUAUCCUCCUUUUCUAAUGAACGUUAGUUUGAUAAUUACCUUCGUAAAAGUAAUUUGUUAACUUAAAACUUACAACCAUAAAUAAAAAUUUUUGACUUUAUAGCUUU